AUGUUGCGUCAUGUAAUAGACACAAAUGUCAAUGUGGAAGUGGAACACUUACUUAAUUGUGGACAAGCUGCAAGAGAUUACCUUCUUUCCGUUGUCAACCAUGUUUUUAUAAGUGGACAGUUCCCUGUAGCUCUGAAGAAAGGUCUUGUUACUCCUAUUUUUAAAAACAAAGGUGAACCCAACGAGUCGUCCAACUAUCGCGGGAUAACAGUGUUACCAGUAAUCGGCAAGGUAAUAGAGGCGCUUCUUCGAAAAAGAAUAGCUGAAUGUAUACAACUCAAUCAAAAUAAAUUCCAACGGGGAUUUACAAAAAACUCAUCACCAUUGAAUGCUGCUUUUAUUAUUGAGGAACUUUAUAGAGAAAGUAAAGACAACAAGGCAGAUAUGCACCUUAUCCUAUUGGAUGCCAAAUCAGCAUUUGACGUGGUGAAUCAUAAAUAUCUACUACGCAGAUUGUUUCAUAUUGGGGUUACUGAUAAACAUUGGUCUAUUGUUGAAAGUUUUCAUAGAAAUUGCAUCAGUUCAGUGAAAUGGAUGAGUCAAGUGUCUUCGGAAUUCCGGGUGCAUCAAGGCGUGAAGCAAGGAGGCGUGCUCAGCACUGAUCUCUACAAGAUCUACGUUAACCCCCUUCUAGAUAGGCUGGUCGACGCAAAUAUUGGAUCCUCGAUAGGCAGUGUCAGAUGUUCUACUAGCGCUUGUGCCGACGACAUAUGCCUGUGUGCAGAUUCUUUGAUCGAGGUGCAGGGGCUGCUAAACAUCUCAGCUGAGUUUGCAAACAUGGAACGGUAUCUGCUUCAACCUAAGAAGAGUGUACAUAUACAUGUUAAUCCUCGGCGUAAAAACAAUACACACCUCCCUUUGAUACUAAAUGGAUCAGAGCUUCCUACAGUGAAGAGAGCACUGCAUUUGGGAAUUAUUCGUACAAAUUCUCUACUGAACAAUCAAAAAGAAAAUGUUGAUGAAAAUCUUAAGAAGGCAAGAAGAAAAGCAUACAGCCUAUUUGGAAGUGGUUAUCAAGGGCACGAGGGACUCAACAUAUCCUCUGUGAUCCUUCUAUACAAGACAUACGUGGUACCGGUAUUGUUGUAUGGAUUGGAGCUUUUACUUCCACCAGAAAGCAUGAUCAAUAAGCUUGAACUGUUUCAAAGAAAAUUCGUAAAAGAUAUCCUUCGGUUACCGGACAACACAGCAAACCCCUCCAUUAAUCUCAUAACUGGAAUUUUACCGAUUGAAGCGCAAAUCCAUAUUCGUGCACUAACUUUUCUCCAUACUUUAUUGAUGCAAGAUGACAAUAGUGCUGAAAAAGAAAUCCUAACGAGGCAGAUACAAAUAAAGUCAGUUAACAGUGCAUCUUGGUUUGUAGAAGUGCAAAAGUUCAUGUGGUUAUAUGAUCUUGGUUCGAUUGAGGAUAUUCUGCGAGAUACACCCACUAGAGGCCGUUGGAAAACUAUUAUCCACGGUGCUGUCAACCGAUACUGGAUUAAGCGCAUAGACAGUCUCGUACCCCUGUACUCUACACUACAAUUCCUAGUACAUGAUACAUUUACACCGGGCAAAGUAAUUCCUCUUCUGGCACCAGAGUUUUCGGCAAGAGAAUCAUACCGUAUGAAGGUUAAGUUGCGGCUGUUAACCGGAACAUAUUAUCUUCAGUCAACCAGAGUGAAUUUUAAUCAAUACGACAUUGAUCCUACUUGCCAAGUGUGCGGGGAGGCUGUAGAAACAGUUGAGCAUUUUGUUUUGAAAUGUAUCGCAUUGGACGGUAUUAGGGGUACUAUUCUGGGUGACAUUGAACAUCAAUGGAGAGAGAUUACAGGAACCGACUUUACAGGGCUAGACGACAAUACUAAGCUUGCCAUUAUAGUCAACAGUUGA